GUGACAGUGAGUAAGUAUUGGGAGUAGUCGUCGGCAGGAACGUCGGACUUGCGUCCGCGCUUUCAGCAUACAGAGUCCGGUCGCUUCUCCCCCUUUCGCGUUCUUAGACACUCCUCUGCUUCAUCAGGCCUGUUGGAGGCUGCACUCAGCGACUCAUUUGUAUUGCCCCUGAUUAGCGUCUCUCUUCGUGAUCCCAUUCCUCAUCAAAAGGAUCGGUGCAUCACAAUAGCUUGUGCCUGCCCAGUCUCGUCGGCGUCCAGCUUGCUGCUGACCGCCAUGACCACAAUACCAUGCAUCCCUGUGCAGGUAGGUUUGUGUGACAAGGCUGUCCUACAAAGUUUCACCGCGGAUUGCUCCCCGGACGAGCAUCUUCUCCACCUUCCGUCUUGAGACAGCAUGGUUCUCCACCCUAAUAAUAAGCGAAGAUGGCCAUAUGUGGCUGCGGCCACAACACACGUUGGCACCGCACCGGGCCUUGACACUGUCCCGUGCCCUCGUCCGCGCGCUCGAUGACUCGGGAACCGUGAGCGUGUCGUCGUCAGUUUCCGUGCUGGUUGUCACACCCAUCUUUUAUUCCGAGAAUACCUCCGUCAAGCAAUCACGGGUGCGAAGGGGGGGCAUGUGGUUUGGCUCCCUCCCAAACUGGACAACCGGGCGGCCCGCGUGGGUCCUUUUAUGCGGGCGCGUUUGGUGGACUGGAGUGCAAGCCACAGCAACUCUACCAUGCGUUUCCACUCCUCUUCACUCAUCUCGCUCCUGUUUCUGCUCCCGUCGGCCCUCUCGCAGUCGUGCACGCUCACGGCGCUUGGGGCUGGCAAAGACGAUUCGCCCCAGUUCCUCAGUGCGAUGCAGUCUUGCCCUCUCGUAACUGUCCCAAGCUCGACGACGCUCAAUAUCUCGUCGCCCUUGAACAUGACGGGCCUGUCCAAUAGGCAUCUUAACCUACAGGGGACUAUCAAAUUCAACCCGAAUGUCGCGUUCUGGACAGCGCAUGGGUUCCCGUUUACCUUCCAAACUCAAAUUACCUUCUGGAUCCUCGGCGGGACGAACAUCCAAAUUGAUGGCGGAGGUGUUAUCGAUGGGUCUGGCCAGGUCUGGUACGACGGAUUCGCCAAGUCCUCUUCGCUGGCCCGCCCGAUCAUCUUGACCCUUUUCCAAGCGACAAACGUCAUCAUCCAAAACGUCCGCAUGAUCAACAGCCCGGAAUGGUUCAACUUUGUCAACGAGGGAAAGAACGUGACCUUCAAUAACGUCAACCUCACCGCCGUAUCGACCUCGAAGAAUCCCGCGAAGAACACCGAUGGAUGGGAUAUCUACCGGAGUGACACCGUGACAAUCAAGAACUCGUUCAUCAACAACGGAGAUGACUGUGUUUCGUUCAAGCCCAAUGCGACAAACAUGAUCGUCUCCCAUCUCAACUGCAAUGGAUCUCACGGUAUCUCUGUCGGCUCCCUCGGACAAUUUGCUGGCAUGUUCGACAUCGUGGAGAAUGUCAUCGCCGAGUUCGUCUGUCCCGAUAUCCAAUGGCUGUAUAUACUCAAUUCAGCCUCCAGUUCCGUCACCAUGAGCAAUGCGCAAAAUGGAGCACGAAUCAAGGCCUGGGCUGGCGCAGGUGUCGGAAGCGGUAUCGUCAAGAACAUCACCUUCAGCAACUUCAUCGAGAGCAACGUCGAUCAUCCGAUCGUCAUCGACCAGUGCUACAUGACCAGCGCUUCUGACUGCACAAAGAACCCGUCGAACGUGUUCAUCCAGGACGUCUUCUUCAACUCAAUCAGCGGAACCGGCAGCUCCGCGACUGUAGCGACUCUCUCGUGCUCCCCCGGAGCCCGGUGCAGCGACGUCAACGUUAACAACAUCACCCUGACUGGGAAAAAGAAAACGCAGUACACGUGCCAGAACGUCCAGCUCGGCGGAAGCUCGGCCUCGUUGUUCGGAACUUGCACCUCGACUUGAGAGGGCUCCAUGUACUCGCAUUCAUUAGGUUCUGUUUUUAUACAUCGUUCAUGGGUCCAAUAUAUCAUCUGCUUGUCUCGGGCUGUGCUCGCUAUCAAUACACUAAGAUCAUGGCCUUACAUAGUACAGUAACCACUUUUUUGUAUCAAGAUGCAUUAUAAGCACAACUUUUCACAAUCCGAA